UUUUUCGAAUUCAGAGAUUUGUAAUUUUGUGCCAUGGGAACUCGCGCUGUAACACAAACGGCGAUGGCUAAGCAAGCCGAUGACGAUUUGUAUGCUGGAUUCAAUAAUCCGAUCAACAUCACCACCGAAGAUCUGGCUGAAGACGAAGGUUUCCAGCAAGCUGUCCGAACAAGUUAUGGAUCUCGACCACCGAUGACCGGAAGAACUGGUGCGACGGCUAGAAUGGGAACUUCUGCGGGGGUGAGAAACACGUUGUUUCCUCUUUGUGUGUAA